UGUUUAUUAUCCGCAUGUAAAGAUCUCACACGAACUAAAAGACGAAGUUAUUCAUUAUCCAAAACCAAGACUUACAGAAGUCAGAAGAUUAGCUUUUAAACACUCGCAUCAACGUUUUAAAGAUGAAAGUUUUUUUGCCAUUUCUUGUUUGUGCUCUUCUCGCCGCAUUCACAACAACCAUUCAUGGAAGAGACUCCGCAACUCACGAGAUUAGUAACAAGGAAUCAUCAUCUGAGAAACGCGCUUUCUUUCGCCCGGUUUUAAAAAUGCGUCGCAGUGACUUUCCGCACGUCUGGGAUAACAUGUACAACGCUAUUUAUGACAAGGGAGAACCUUCAACUUUGACCCGCAUUACAGACAAGGCCCGAAUCAGGAAAAACAGAGUGGAUUCUGGAUGUACUAAGUAUGGAUGGAGACCAAAAGGCUAUAAUGUUGACGAGUACCCGUUUGCAUCCAGUGCACAGGGUGGAAAAGGUGCUGUUUUGAGGCUGGUUCCGAUAAGAGAAAACAGCAGGCAAGGGGGCAAACUGGCACAAUUUUACAAGAAAAAUGAUAUCAAAAAUGGCGAUUCUUACGACAUCGAACUUAUUAACGACACAAAUUAGUUAGUCAGUUGCUAGAUUCAGUUCUUCAUAUCGUGUAGUCAAUAGCUACUGGUGUUGUAGACGUUUCUUUUGUGCUGUCACAAAAUAAAUAUUGUCAGAAACGUAAUACGAUAUUUCUUUAACAAACG